CGAGCACGCCGUUGCAAACUCGCCAACUCUCUACAGCGCGCCUAGGUCGCCGAAGAAAGUACCCCGCUCCUCAUGAAGCUCCUUCUGCAGCUAGCGACAGCGCUGGUCCUUCUCGUUGCCAGCAACGCCAAGACGACGCCGGCCGUGUGCAGGAACAAGACAUGCGUCACUGAGUCCGGCGACACAUGCGACCGAUCGACGUCGACGUCGUGCGGCGCCUGCAUGAGCGUCUCUGACUCGGGCACUGUGUCCUGCAAGGAUACCAACUUCUUUGGCCUCUGCUCGUCGUCGACCAAGUGUGCGGCAUGGUCGUCGUCGACGUCAGGCUCGGGCUCCGGCAGUGGUACCGGUAACACGACGACGACGGCGCCCGUGUCUACAACUGAGUCGCCCCAAUCGCCCCAGCCGACCCAGCCGACCCAGCCACCGCAGCCAACGCAACCGACCCAGCGCCCUUCAGAUCAAACAACACAGCCGGCCCCGACAGACGACGCGAGCUCGGCCACCGCUGAACCGACGGCCGCGCCUACGACAUCGCCGCCGUCGUCGACGAACUGGGCUCUCUACGGCGGCAUUGGCGGUGGCGUUGUCGGCCUCUUCCUGAUUAUUGGUAUCGCAUGCUGCAUUGUUCGCAAGCGUCGGAGCGAAGAAGAUGACGACGACGAUGUCGGGCACUACGCCACCAAGGCACAGUCGACGCCGCCGGCGCAAGUGGCCAUCCCGAUGACGACCAUGUCGACGCAUCAUCCGACGCCGCCCAUGUACGCUGUGCCCGAGCCCGCGCCAGUGUUUGCACUGCCGAUCUCGCCGCGUAGCAGCUCGAGCAACACAAGUCUGCCUCGCACGAGCGCGAUGAGUGGGUACGAGGUGGCGACGAACCCGCUCGUGAAUUUCGUCGCGCGCGCGUCGGUCGAGACGGACACGGCGCCGUACCGCCAAACGAUCGCGCAAAAGUUCAACCACUUGGAGAAUUUCAACGAAGGCGUCGGGAGCGACUCGGAGAGCGACUCGUCGAGCUUUCACCGGCAGCGCACGUCGACCGACGGCAGCUUCAACAUGAGCGACGGCUCCAACGACAGCUUUGUCAUCACCCGCACCGAAGACGACCGAAAGGACAAUGGCACCGCUUGCUCGGUGGAAUUUUAGGAUUUAAUAUAAACCGACAGUAUAGGAGGACCCGCUCUACUCGCUAUAAAAUAUAUUGUU